AAGCGAUCAAAUAUUCCCUUUGCAAAGCUCAGACGUCAGAGCGACAGAGUUCAAGAGAGUUUGGCAUCGAGUACAGUAAAAAACCCUGCUCCUUAUCAAUGAAUAAUGGCUGUAAUUUGUGUGGGGAUUCUGUUACUGCUGUCAAAAUUCACAGGAAUUUUAUCAAGUAGUGCAGCAUGUGGCRUCUCAUUUGAGCCAAUCGGCUGUUUCAACGACGAUGGCCGAACGCCGAGGCCUCUUCCCGAGAAAUUAUUGAAUGAGCGUAAUGAUAUCGAUUGGGUGAACUGGGACUCUUUCAUGGAAGGCCURGUUUGCCGAUGUGCAAAGAAAACACUUGAUGAAGGCUACGAAACCUUUAGUAUACAGUACUAUGGUGAAUGUUGGAGCGGUCCAGAAAACAUGAUUGACGUGGAUCGCGAUGGCUUGUCCCAAAACUGUAUCUCACACGGCUACAAAGAUUGCAAACACAAGAACAACACGUGUGUUGGUAAAGAUGGCGCUAACUUUGUAUACAAGUUAGUUCAGCCGUCGUGCUCAGUUCAGUUCGAGCGAGUUGGGUGUUUCCAUGACGACCAAGAGCCUCCUCGCCCUUUACCUGACUAUAUACUCAGCGAGCGUGAUCCCACUGCAUCCUCGUACAACGGCACAAACAUUGACUGGGCAAAUUGGAAUACAUACAUGCCGGCCUUCAUAUGCCGAUGUGCUGCGCUUGCAAAACGACUCGGGCGCAAGAUCUUUAGCCUUCAAUUUAUGGGCGAGUGUUGGAGCGGUGCUAACGCCGUCAAGACGUACGAUAGAAAUGGGGAAUCAUCUCGCUGCAUCAGCAAGAAAUUCCGACCAUGUAAACCUGACGAUAAGUACUGUGUUGGACAACAGUUUACUAACUUUGUCUACCGAAUAGUUGAGCCGUGUAAUAUAUCUUAUACACAACUUGGCUGCUUUAAAGAUAAACUAGACAGUCCUCGACCAAUACCAACCCUAAUGUCAUCGGAACAGGAUCGUAGCAGCCGAGCAUUUAACGGUUACGCUAUCGACUUUCAUCGGUGGGACGACCACAUCGAGGGCAUGAUAUGCCGCUGUGCAAAGAGAUCGUUUGGCAGCAAGUACAAGAUCUUUGGCAUGCAAUCGUACGGUGAGUGCUGGAGUGGCGAAGGUGAGAAAUCUUACAAACGUGAUGGUUUAUCAGGUCGAUGCGUCACCAACAAAUUCACAACAUGUCCACCAAAAAGCCUGCACUGCGUUGGUGAAGUCGCGGCAAACUAUGUAUACUACGUCACUGCUUGUGAUGUCAAAUUUGAAGCUGUUGGAUGCUACCAUGACGAUUUAGUCAUACCCAGACCUCUCCCUGAUUUGAUUCUGACCGAGAGGGACUCGACCAGCGCUGUGUUCAACGGUAAACGAAUCGAUUGGCAGAAUUGGGAUACCUAUGUGCCUGAAUUUAUCUGCCGAUGUGCCAAACAGACCAAAGAAUACAACUAUGACAUAUUUGGAGUGCAGUUUUAUGGAGAAUGCUGGUCAGGAAAAAAUGCUCUCACUACGUAUCAAAGAAACGGAGUCUCAAAAACAUGCUUAGGGCCUGGGUACAAACCCUGUGAGCCUGGAUCCAAGACGUGCGUUGGCAUGGCGAGUACAAACUACGUCUACAAAAUCAUUCCGUAAAGAAUCCAAGAAUAUAUCCAAUAAACACGUUCAGAGCACCAAGUAGCAGAGUAGCAAUGCAGUUUUGCCUCUGUUUGUAUGCUAUUUUUUGUUGUUUUGUUUAUGGUUAUAUAUAUCAGUUUAAUAUUUAAUUUUUCUAUUUUUUUCUAUCUCGUUUAAACUUGAAUAAAUGCAUGUACAUAUUUUAUUACUUUAUUUACUAUAGUAAGGUCCCAAAAUGUUCAUGAUAAAGGUAUUUUUUUAUUUCCCACUUCUUAACAUUUUUUUUAAUUUUUAAAUUUUUAAUAUCAACUUGAUUUUUGAAUGUCGUUUAUUCUGCUAAAAAAAAUAUCAACUGCCUCUAAAUGAAAUACUUCUCUCAUCUAAAAUAAAUUUAAUGCAUGUC